UUGAACCGAUGGAUGAGAAUCCGCCAGCCUACGUCUCCUUCGUUUCCUCACCGCAAACCCGUCAGAAAUAACCUUUUUAUUUAUUUAUUUAUUUUCACUUCCUGAUUACCUGUCGGUAUGGCGAUGUCCACGUUUCAGAAGGUGACCCUCGCGACGUGUCUCGUGCUGUGCGUCGCUCUGCUGCUGCCCAAAAUGCUGUUGUCGCGCGGGAGGAAGGAUGCUGCUGAGCGGCCGGAGGGUUCAGGUCGCUUCCCUCCCAUGAUGCACAGACAGGUGGCCCCUGAGGGUCGAGGCCAGAGGGCUGCAGCCUCCAGCUUCUCCAGAGCCCACAACCCAGAGGCCAUAGCCAGGGCCAAGGGAGCAGGAACGGGGGCGGGGACUGGGGGCAAGUCCAACCUGGCAGGACAGAUCAUCCCUGUGUACGGCUUCGGGAUCUUACUCUACAUCCUCUACAUACUGUUUAAGAUCACAUCUAAAGGAAACAACAAGCCGUCAGAGAGCAGGUUUCCUUCAGUUCGCUCAGAGAACAUGAAGAGAAAGAUUACUGACUUUGAGUUGGCUCAGCUGCAGGAGAAACUGAGGGAAACAGAGUUGGUGAUGGAGAAUAUCGUUUCCAACGCCCAGCACAGUCCUGACAGGGUUAAGGGGGUGACAGCGGAUCAGGAGGAGAGUCUCCUGCAGCAGCUGACGGAGAUCACUCGGGUGAUGCAGGAGGGCCAGCUGGUGGAAAACAUGGAACCAGAGAAGAAGAACCAGGAGGACUGGGAAGUUUCUGCAGAUUAUGUGGAGGAGCCUCGGCAGCAGUGGGAACGGUCCGGCUGCUGCUGUCAGCACGGUCAGCAGGACCACAGUCCACAGACGGAGCCCGAGGCUGAGGGGACACGAGCUGACGGAGCCGACCUGGAAAACCUUCCUGAGGACGUUAUAGGUGGAGAGACUGCUGAGGGAGCGGAGGAGAACAAGGAGAGAGAGUCUGAUUUCACAGCAGGAAGUGAAGAGGAUGUGGCACCAGAUAUAGGCGAGAGGGCGUCGGUGCAUGAACACAAGGAGGCGGUGGGUAAAAUCGAUUUAGGUGUCCCGGUGGAAGACCUGGUUGGAGUCCUCAAGGAGUUGGAGCUAACACUGCAGAUGACGUCCGUGAUGGAGCAGGAGAAGAUGGAGGACCUCACCAGGACGACGGACACAGAAACUUCCUGCAGCACGGUCAGACGGAGGAACAAGAGGAGGAGAGCGAAGAAAGCUUCGCACUGACUCUGACAGGACUGAACUUGAGCCUGGUGUUUCGUGAGGAUGGCUUCUUCUUUUAAGUCUGUUCUCAUCAGAAUUGCAGAGGCAUGAAAGUUGGUGAAUGCAUGGAAAUGUGUUGCCAGCCUUGUUCAUCUUUACUUGCAGAAGUGAGAAAAUGUGUGCACAGGGCAGUUUUUUAUCACAAGUAUCAGCUUUAUCCACUUGCUAGAGAAGAAAUAAGAACAGUUAAUGGUCAAUAGUACCAGUCUGCAUAAUGUAUGAGUUAAUAAACCUGUAAAUUUGGUAUUUUUCAAUCUAUUUUCCCAUAUUUUUUAAAUUUUGAAACUAGAUUUUGAAUUGCAGUUUUGAGUGAGAAGGCUGUAACCAGCAGCAAGCAGCGAAACAGGCUGCAAUGUAAUCUGAGUCCGUCAGGGUAAAAAAAACAAACACUUUUAGUGGAUGUAAAUUGACAGUGCACAAAGGCCCCUAGUAGUUACAUCGCAACUUAUUUCGCCGUUUCUGUCGGCAGCCAAGUUCGCUUUUUUUUUGUCUCCAUUAGUCACUUUUACGCAAAAAUUUGGUGAAAACGAGUUCAGGUUGAAAAAUACCAAACUUUCCAUUUAAGUUUUUUAUUUUAUUUAGAGAAACAUUAAGAUGCUUCUAGGUACAUUUGAUUUGCUGAAAAGGCAGAACAGCCUGACUGAAGAAAUCCAAUGUGUAGUUUUUGUUCGGGGAGUGUUGAGUUAUACAUCAUAUCCCAUGUCUUUCCUCACAAUCAUGAACCUCUUUAUCUAUAAAAUGACUUCAUAUCAACCGCUUGAAUUAGAGGCAUUAGUUAUUAGAAUGACUGAAGUUUAUGAACACCAGAAAUAACUAACUUUAGCUUAAAUCAGUCAAAGUCACAUUAUUUCCAUCAGUCUAAUUGACUGCGGUGGUUGUGCCUUUUUUAUCUUUGUUAGAAUAUGCUUUGAUUUAACAAAACAAUUCAAAUGGCUGUCAUUUUUAAAUGUCCUGAAAAAGAACUGGGUACAAGACCUAUUGGACUUUAAUAGAUCCCCUGCUGUCUUCCAUCGGCGUCUGUGUUGGAGAAAUCUUGUCUUCUGUACCGUUAACAUUUCAAGCUUUUAUCAAACCUGUCUUGUGUUCUAAAUUAUUUAAAGAUUUUUACUUUUAUAAACUAAAUGUAUUUAUUUAAAAGCACCUGGAUAUGCAUAUCAGUGGCUAAAACACUUUGAAGUACUUAAAUAAAAUGA